AUGCAGAUUGAGGACUCAAUGGCACUUCUAACUUCACUUUGUGCUUUGCAGACCAUAGCGAAGUGGCUCCUGGGGUUGCUUGCUGUUGCUGUGAUCGUUACUGUCAUAGCCGUCCCCGUAGCUUUACUGACAAACAGAGGUACCUCUGACACACGACCAACAUUUACCUUAGAGGAUUAUCUGAGUGAUGGCUAUAACUACAAAAGAUACAAUUUGCAGUGGAUUUCAGGAAAUGAAUACGUCCACAAAACAGUGGAUGGCAGCCUGCAGAUCAUCAGUGCUGAUAAUGGAACAGUCUUAAAAACUCUGAAAAAUACCACAAUAAAAGAAGUUGGAGCUACCACAGCUAUGUUCUCACCAGAUACAAAAUUUGCUUUGCUACAAUCUGGCUAUAAGAAGCUCUGGAGACAUUCAUAUACAGCUACAUAUCACAUUUAUGACAUGACUGCAAGUAUCUUAGUGACUGAGAAUCCACUUCAUAAUGAUACCCAGUAUAUAUCCUGGUCACCUGUUGGCCACAAAUUGGCGUAUGUUUGGAAUAAUAACAUUUAUGUGAGAGAAUUCCCAAGAGAAAAGAGUAUACCAAUCACCAAAAAUGGAGAAGAAAAUAAAAUUUUUAAUGGAAUUCCUGAUUGGGUUUAUGAAGAGGAAAUGUUUGGCACCCACUCUGCUCUGUGGUGGUCUCCAAAUGGCAAUUUUAUAGCAUAUGCAGAGUUUAAUGAUACAGAAGUUCCUGUUAUUGAGUAUUCCUUUUAUUCAGAAGACACGCUGCAGUAUCCAAAGACGAUUAGAAUCCCAUAUCCCAAGGCAGGAGCUAGAAACCCUACUGUGAAAUUAUUUAUAGUGAACACCCAAUCUCUUACUCCUUUGAAUUCCACUGAGAUUACUGUACCACAUAAGAUAUCGAGGGAGCACUAUUUGAGUGUUGUGACAUGGGUAACUGAUGAAAGGAUCUGUCUGCAGUGGCUCAAUAGGAUUCAGAAUUAUUCUGUACUCACAGUCUGUGACUUUGAAAAAAACAGUGGAGCGUGGCUGUGCCCAGAGGAAAAACAACAUGAACAAGAAAGCAAAACUGGCUGGAUUGGCAGAUUUCAGCCAUCUACCCCUUACUUUGCACUUGACAAUUCUAGCUACUACAAGGUGUUCAGCAAUUCAGAUGGCUACAAACACAUCCAUUAUAUAAAUGGCUCAAGGCUUGUAACACCUAUCACAAAAGGAAAAUGGGAAGUGAUCAGCAUAGAAGCUGUAACCAAAGACUUCCUAUACUAUAUAAGUAAUGAGCAUGGUGGAAAACCAGGAGGAAGAAACCUUUAUAAAGUGGAAUUUGGCAAAGGUCAGAUUAAUGCUAAGUGCAUUAGCUGUGAUCUGGACCAAGAAAGAUGUCAGUAUUACAGCACAUCCUUCAGCCAAAAUGCACAAUAUUAUCUGCUAAAUUGUUUUGGUCCAGGCCUGCCCAAGUGUGUGCUUCACAGAAGUAGUGAUGAUCAAGCCAUCAGAAACUUGGAAAACAACACAGAUUUGAAUAAUUCAUUGAAGGACAUUCAGAUGCCUUCAAAGAGAGUUGAAUCCAUUAAUCUGAAUGGGAACGUAUUUUGGUAUCAGAUGAUCUUACCUCCCCAUUUUGAUUCAUCAAAGAAGUACCCUCUGCUCCUUGAUGUGUAUGCCGGGCCCUGCAGUCAGAAAGUAGAUUAUGCCUUCCGAAUCAAUUGGGCUACAUACCUGGCAAGCACAGAGCAGAUCAUCGUGGCUAGCUUUGAUGGCAGAGGAAGUGGCUACCAAGGAGAUAAAAUCAUGCAUGCAAUAUAUCGAAGACUGGGAACAUAUGAAAUAGAGGAUCAAAUUGCAGCAGCCAGAAAAUUUUCUGAAAUGGGCUUUGUUGAUAAAAACAGAAUAGCUAUUUGGGGUUGGUCUUAUGGGGGUUACGUGACCUCCAUGGUGCUAGGAUCUGGUAGUGGAGUGUUCAAGUGUGGAAUUGCUGUAGCCCCUGUGUCACGCUGGCAAUUUUAUGAUUCAAUAUAUACAGAGCGCUAUAUGGGUCUUCCUGUAGAAAAUGAUAAUCUAAAAUACUACGAGAAUUCAACAGUAAUGGCCAGAGCUGAAAAUUUUCAGCAAGUUGAGUAUCUCCUUAUUCAUGGAACAGCAGAUGAUAACGUUCAUUUUCAGCAAGCAGCACAGAUCUCCAAAGCUCUUGUUGAUGCUGAGGUGGAUUUCCAGGCAAUGUGGUAUACGGACAAAGACCAUGGCAUUGAUGGUCAGGCGCACAAACAUAUCUACACCCAUAUGAGCUAUUUCAUAAAGCAGUGUUUCUCAUUGUCUUAGCACCAAAGUGACAUUUCACAUUAUAUCAGGAUUGAUCAAGUUGUUAAUAGCAAUUUGUCCAGCUGAUUCUCCUUCCAUAAACUUGCACUGAGCCACUAUAACUUUAUGAACAUCUGAAUGAAGAAAUUAAAGGUUUGUUAAAUCCUUGUAGCCUGUCUGCACACAAUGAAAUGUUAAUUUUUAUGACAACCUCUGUUGCCAAGCAACCAUUGCAUUUUUUUUUUAUUGAAAUGUGUUUAAAUCAGGUUUUUAUCUGCACCAAAAUGUUUACAUGUCCUUUGCCAAUUUUUUUUAAGUGUGGUACUUGAAUUGAUACCUUGUCAUACUUACCGCUUGCAGUCUGAGAUGGAAAGAAGCAUGGUCCCUUUCACUGAUUGGUGAUACUGAUUUUGACCAUGGAUAAUUUAUCAUGGAUAUAUUUUUAAAUAGAGUAACUAACUGAACAGGGGCUGGGAAGUUCAGAAGACUAAAGAAUACAUUUUAUUUAAGUUUUCUGAAAUCUGAUUGCUUUUACAAAGAACCUAGAUUAAAUUUUCAAUAAAACCUUUUUGCAAAAAUUA